GCAAAGAGCCCUGCGUCAAACUAUUGACAAUCCGAAUUUUGUGGUUAGGUAAAAAAGGGGCGACUUUUUGAUUGAAAAAAUGGGUGAAAGUAGCAGUGACGAGAGUGAUACCACAUUCCAGCUGUACAAAGACCGCCGGGAAUGGAAAGAUGUGACCCCGGUGCCCCAGGAUGACGGGGAUCAGCCAAUAGUCGCAAUCGAUUACACUGAACAGUUUAAGGAUGUUUUUGAUUAUUUCCGAGCUGUUUUGCAAAGCGGGGAGAAAUCGGAACGGGCCCUGAACCUUACCAAGGACGCUGCGGCCCUAAAUCCGGCGAAUUAUACAGUUUGGCAGUACAGGCGUGAAAUUUUGAAAGCUUUGAAUAAGGAUUUGAACGAGGAGAUGGACUUUAUUGAGAAGAUUAUUGUUUAUAAUCAGCCGAAAAAUUACCAGGUUUGGCACCACAGGAAGGUGCUAGUGGAGUGGCUGCAAGAUGCAGCAAAGGAGAAGUACUUGACUGAGACCGUUUUAGCGAAAGAUGCGAAAAAUUACCACGCCUGGCAACACAGGCAGUGGAUAAUUAAAACGUUCAAUUUGUAUGAUGGAGAGCUUGAGUACAUUGAUAGUCUCAUUUCGGACGAUAUCAGGAACAACUCAGCUUGGAAUCAAAGAUAUUUCGUAGUUAUGGGCACAACCGGGUUUACAGAAGAAGUCUUAAAUAGAGAAAUUGACUACGCUCUGUCCAAUAUUAAAGUCGUAACAGAGAACGAAAGCGCUUGGAAUUACUUAAGAGGCGUGUUAUUGCAUGAUAAGUGUGGCCUUAGCCGCAACAAAAAAGUCACUGAAUUUUGUGAGGAAUUAUACAACUCGGGAAACAGGUCUCCAUUUUUAUUAGCCCUCCUUGUUGAUAUGUGUUCAGAGCAAGUUUCCCAAGGCAAUGAAGACCCACUUUACAAUUUGGAAAGAGCCAAAAAUUUGUGUAACGAACUUUCCGAAAAAUAUGACACCGUCAGAGCGAAAUAUUGGCAGUUUAUGGCCGAAACCAUUGAGAAGAAAAGCAAGAAGGAGGAGUCACAAGUCGAAGCAGAAAAUUAAAAAUAAAGUCGAUGAAAAAAUUUCUGUGAUGUUUACUUAUUUUUGUAUGUGUCUUAAGUGUUUUCCAUCGUUGUAUUUCUUUCUAAAGCGAAAUAUGCCACCGUGAACGUCCUCUUUCUAACGAUGUAAUGUUUUUUCUUUAAUUAAAACGUCGCAAAUGUUAAUCUUUUUGUACGUAUUUUUAUUACAAGGCAAUUUAUUCCAUUGCACAUUUUCGAAAGCCAGUAAUUGUUAAAUAAAUGAAUAAAACCAC